AUGGACGAAUCAGAGGGGGCUGGCCUCCAGGAAUGGAAUAACCUGCAAGAGAAGCAGACGGCUCUAUUCGCCGCUGCCACUACAGAAAUAGAAACUGCUCGCCUCAAAGUGCGAGAGCUCGAACGAGAAUUAUCCGUGUGGAAGAUAGCACAUAAAGUGAUUAGCGACGAGAAAGAUGCAAUGGUCAAGAAGGUUUCUCGUUUGGAACAGGAAAUUGGGAAAUGGACUGGUGAUAAACCGUUGAUUGUUGCCCUAAUUGACGGCGAUGGACAUCUAUUUACUCAAGACCUCUUCUCGGCCGGUCAAGCUGGCGGUAGAACGGCCGCCACCUUGUUGCGAGAGGCAUUACUUGGAUAUGUUGCAGACAAAACCCCAGGGAUAGCCAAUAGGGCCGAAAUCCUUUUGACGAUAUUCUGGAAUGGAAAGGGUCUAAAAGAGACUUUAAUGAGGAACAACGUGUGUACUUGGGACGAGUUUGAUGGGUUUUGCCAUGGGUUCAACCAAUCUACUCAUCUAUUUUCAAUUGUCGACGCCGGGAAUGGUAAGGAAGCGGCCGAUACGAAAAUAAAAGAACAUCUUCGCCUUUUUACACAUUUCCCACAAACUGAGCUCGUCUUUUUCGGAGGCGGCCACGAUAAUGGCUACACUUCGACACUUACCUCCCUCGAAACCGAGGGUUUGUUACACAAAGUCGUGCUUGUGCGGGGAUAUUCGGACCUCGCGCAGGAAAUCCGACAUUUAAGACUGACAGAACUAUUAACGACGGGAAUCUUUAUGACGAAGAAGCUCAUAUCGUCACCAAUUAAGGGCAAUAACAAGCCUCUUCCGCUAGACUUUCACACCAAAUCACCUUCUUCGUCCUCUGACGUGAUGAGCCUUACAGAAAUACCAGGCGGAGGGACUGAUCAACUUCCAACCAGUCCACGGAAACCACAACGUAAUUGUUUUUGCAUUUCAUUUCUCCAUGUUGCACGGGCUUUACUCUCCUACAGGGAAGGCUGCUGGGAAGGCUGCGGGACCAAAGCCUUGCAAUUUCUACUACCUCCAUCCCGGCCGUUGUCAGAGACGGGAUUGCCGAUUUGCUCACGAUUUGACUUUGAGUGA